AUGGAUUCUUCGAUCUUUUCUUGGUCAUAUGAUGUGUUUUUAAGUUUCAGAGGUGAGGAUACUCGCAGAUCGUUUACGGGUCAUCUCUAUGAAGCUUUGGUGCAGGUUGGAAUCAAUACCUUUAGAGACACCGAGGAGCUUAAGAGAGGAACAGAAAUUUCACAAGAACUUUGUGAAGCAAUCAAGGAGUCAAGGUUUUUUCUUGUAAUUUUUUCUGAAAAUUAUGCAUCUUCUAGUUGGUGUUUGGAUGAAAUUGUUGAAAUUAUGAAUUGUGUGGAGAGUGGUAAAGGGCAGAUGGUUUGGCCAGUGUUUUAUCAUGUGGAUCCUUCUCAAGUUAGAAAACAAAAAGGUGUUUUUGGAGAAGCAUUCAUUCUACAUAAACAAAGAUUCAAGGAAGACUUGAAAAAGGUAGAGAGAUGGAGAGAAGCUCUAACUAAAGCGGCCAACUUAUCCGGGUGGCAUUUGGAUAACAGGUCGUGUGACGAGCCUACUCUUAUAAAAGAAAUUGUUCCAGAGAUAUGGACUAAGCUUAACAAGAUACUCUUAACAGUUGCCAAGAAUCCAGUUGGGAUUGAUUCUCAUAUUGAAAAUCUAAAGUCCACAUUAGCUUUAGAGUCAAAUGAUGUUCGGAUGAUUGGAAUCUAUGGACUCGGUGGAAUAGGAAAGUCAACCAUUGCAAAAGCUAUUUAUAAUUGUAUUGCACAUCGUUUUGAAGCUUGCACUUUUCUUCCUAAUAUAAAAGAAAAAUGCAAAUUCUCGAGGGAUGAUGAGUUAACUCAAUUGCAAGAAUCACUUCUAGAAGACAUCUUGUUGAUUAAAAUCCAUAGGUUGGUAAAAUUUUCCGAUGAAGGAAGUAAUAUGUUGAGGGAUAGACUAAGAAACAAGAAGGUGCUUGUUGUUCUUGACGAUGUGGAUCAUUCAAACCAACUAGAAAAACUAGCAGGACAUUUAAGUUGGUUUGGUUCGGGAAGUAGGAUCAUCAUAACAACUAGAGAUUUGCAUCUUUUGAAUAAACACAACAUUAAGUGGACCUACAAGGUUGAUAAAUUAAAUCAUAGAGAAGCACUUGAGCUAUUUUGUUGGAAUGCAUUUAACAAUCCUGUUCCUGAUGUGAGUUUUGAAGAGCUUUCAAAUGUUGCAGUUGAAUAUGCAAAUGGACUUCCUCUUGCUCUUGUAGUGGUGGGGGCUUCUCUAUGCAAUUGUAGUAAAAUUGAGUGGGAAAGCCAAUUGAAGAAGUUGAAAAAGAUUCAAAAUCAGGAUGUUCACAACAGACUUAAACUAAGUUUUGAUGGACUUGGGGAACUUGAGAAAGCAAUUUUUCUAGAUAUUGCAUGCUUCUUUAGAGGGUAUGAAACAGAAGAUGUGUACUCUUUUUUAGAUGCUUGUGAUUUCUAUCCUCAAUAUGGUAUUGGAGUGCUUAUUAAGAAAUGUCUUAUAUAUAUCGAAUAUAAUAGAUUCCAAAUGCAUGACUUGAUUCAAUUAAUGGGUAGAGAGAUCGUUCGUCAAGAAUCUCCUUCAAAUAUCGGAAGGCGUAGUAGAUUGUGGUAUCACCAAGAUGUUCUUCAAGUGCUACAAGAAAAUGAGGGAACAAAAAAAGUUGAAGGGAUAAUUUUAGAAACGCCCAAAGCAGAAGUAGUGUGGUUGAAUGCUAAAGCCUUUUCAAGAAUGAAAAAGUUGAGGUUGCUUAUAAUACGUAAUAAUGUUAAUGUUAUUGUUAUUGGGACUCCUCGAUGCCUUUCUAAGGAGUUAAGAUGGUUUGAAUGUCGUCGUUCUUCAUCCUCUCUAGUACCAUCCACUUUUCAUCCACAAAAACUUGUUGUAUUUGGCAUCUCACAUUAUCCUAUAAAGCAACUCGUAGCUAACCUCAAGAAUUUUGAAAGUAUAAGACAAUUAAGUUUAGAAAAUUGCGAGACGUUAACCGAAGUUGGUGAUAUAUCGUUAAUGCCGAAUCUUAUCAGAUUAGAAAUCAUAAACUGCUUUAACCUCGAGUGUUUUUCGAAUGUCGGUCUGAAAUCGAAGACGCUUCAGCGUCUUCAUCUUAAAUCUUGCUACAAGUUGAAGAAGUUCCCUGAUAUUGUUGAAGAAAUGGAAUGCAUUGAAAUACUUAGUUUAGAAGGAACUGGUGUGACAGAGCUACCUACAUCAAUUGAAAAACUAAGUGGUCUUCGCCAUCUAGAGUUGGGGUUGUGUGAGGACUUGGUGCACCUUCCAAGUACUAUCUAUGAGCUUAAAAUGCUUAAUGCUCUUAAAUUGAGUAAGUGCCACAAGCUACAGGAAUUUCCACAGCCUUCAAACUCCAUUACUAAUGUAAAGAAGUUUUUACCGUUAAGGUUGUUGAAUCAACUGAAUCCCCUUUCGACUUCAGUUACCUACACGGUUUAUUUCAAUCUGAAUUAUUUUUGUAAAUGA